AUGUCUGUUUGUGAUAGUGGAGAUGUGAAAUUAGAUGCUGCGGUAAACAACUGGCUGAAACUGGACAAGAACCCAACUACUCGCAAUGAAGUAUUUGAAGACAUAUCGAAUGGACGCUGGGAUAAACUGCGAGGGUGUAUGCUGCAGAGACUCAAGUUUGGUACGGCUGGUCUCCGUGGACGUAUGGGAGCUGGAUACAAAGCCAUGAAUGAUGUGGUGGUCCUGCAAACUGCACAGGGUCUCUGCUCAUACAUAAAGAAAGUCUGCAAUCCAAGCGAUAUACAGAAUGGAGUCGUGAUUGGCUUCGAUGGCAGAUACGGCAGCAAAAAGUUCGCCGAACUAACAGCGAAAGUAUUCGUCUCCUCGUCAAUUCCAGUUCACAUGUUUAGGGAAGUGGUCGCCACACCCCUUGUGUCCUUUGGUACCAUACACUACAACGCUAUAGCUGGAGUUAUGGUGACCGCAUCCCAUAACCCUCGGGAGGAUAAUGGAUACAAAGUGUACUGGAGAAACGGAUGCCAAAUAUUGGCACCUCAUGAUGAUAAUGUACUUGAUGAGAUUAAGCAGUGUUUAGAUAUACCGGACGAGCACUGGAAUAUUAAGGACAUUCGCUCCAACCCUCUAGUGUCAGACUGUCAUGAUGAAGUCACCAACAAAUACAUGGAGACCAUCGUCACUCCCAGCCCUGAAGUAGCGGAGGAAAACAGAAAGGCAGCCAUCGAUGUAGUCUACAGUGCUAUGCAUGGAGUCGGCUAUGAAUAUGUUAAGAAGGCUUUUGCUGCUGCUAAUUUGAAGGAACCAAUAAGCGUGAAACAGCAACAGGACCCGAACCCUGACUUCCCGACAGUGACGUUCCCUAACCCAGAAGAAUUAGACACCCUCAAGUUAAGCAUAGAGCUGGCAGAACAGAAGAAUGUUAAACUGGUGCUCGUCAACGACCCUGAUGCUGAUAGACUGGCGGUCGCUGAGUUUGAUGAUAGCACAAAAUCCUGGCACAUAUUUACUGGAAACGAGAUGGGAGCUCUACUAGGCUGGUGGCUGCUGGAACAAUACGGCAAGAGAGUCAACCAUAUGCCGGAAUCUGAGGUGUAUAUCAUGGCCAGUAUUGUCAGCUCCAAGAUGUUGCGGUCUAUUGUUAAAGGAAAAGGAGAAUUCGUGGAGACGUUGACUGGAUUCAAGUGGAUGGGCAACACAACCCUCCUACUAGCGCAGCAGAACAAGAUGCCUCUGUUUGCGUUCGAGGAAGCCAUCGGCUACAUGUGUGACCAUCGCGUGCCUGAGAAAGAUGGCGUCUCUGCCGCGGUACAGGUGGCAUCACUAGCGUCCCACCUGUACCUGUCGGGCUCGUCCAUAGUGAACCAGCUCCACGCUCUGUACGCACAGUACGGGUACCACGUCACGUACAACAAGUACUACAUCUGUCACGAACCUGCCACCAUACAGAAGAUAUUCAGACGAAUCAGGAACUACAGUGGACCUGGACAGUAUCCUAAGAAAGUCGGUGAUUGCGAGAUUGUGUUUCUGAACGACUUCGUGGCCGGAGUCAAGAUACCCGAGAAGGCCAAUGGCGAAGGGCACCUGAAUGUCCUAGGCACGGGUUUAGACCAGGACUACACGUCGGGCGAGAUGAUAAUGUUCCGCUGCAGUAACGGACUGAGCGUCACAUUCCGGACUAGUGGCACUGAACCCAAGCUCAAGUACUACUCCGAACUUGUGUGUGAAGCACCUACGAGAAGUGAACAAGAAUCAAUGAACGAGAAAUUGAAGGUAAUGGUGAAGGAGUUUGUAGAAGAAUUACUGCAGCCCAAAGAAAACGGUCUCUUAGGUUAA